AUGCAACGAGGCGGUUCAUCGAUGUAUUCACCGACGUCGAUUAAUAUGAACCCUAAAUUCCCUGAGCACGAGCAUCUAAAAUGUCCUAGAUGCGAUUCGAGCAACACAAAAUUUUGUUACUACAACAACUACAAUCUCUCACAGCCUCGUCAUUUCUGUAAGAACUGCCGUCGAUAUUGGACCAAAGGCGGUACUCUUCGCAACAUCCCCAUCGGAGGCGGCACUCGCAAAAACAAGCGUUCUUCCAUCUCCAACAAACGCGGCACCAAUUCUUCUCCUUCUUCUUCAAAUUCGAUGGCGACGACGAUGGCGGUGGCGGUGGCGGUGGCGGUGGCUCCAACGCCAGUCGAGCCGAAACCAGAAGCUUCAGGGAUUUACGGGUAUGGUAAUGACCAGAUGGAAGGAGGUGGUGUAAGUUUCAGCUCGCUGUUGGGGUCGAGCCCUGGUGGACAGUUCGCAAAGUUAUUAAUGGAUGGUCUGAAUCCCAAUCUGGUGGGUGGAUCCAAUGAAGAUGGUUUGAUUCGAAACCCGACUGCUGAAGAAUUUGAGAGUAAUUUCUUGAGCGUGAAUCAUCAAACUAAUAAUCAAAUCGAAGAAAACGGAGGAGGAGAAUCGAGCUGCUGCAAUCAGGGUGAUAAUGGAUGGCCUGAUCUUUCCAUUUACACACCAGUUUUCUGA